UUCAUUUUGAAUUUCAAAUUUUGAGUAAUCGGCUGUUUGUAAUUUGUAAUUCAAGAUUUCCCUUCUCUCUCCAUCUACUUUUACUUCUGGCUUUGUUUUCUUCUCUGUGUUUCGUCUUCCUUUGACAUGGGAGAAUCGACGUGUCUCGUGAGUUCUUUAUCUUUUGCUUCUCCUAUACCUAAUGAGACCAACAAUCAUGGGAAUCAUGUUCACGCUCUUGGAGAUUCUGUGUCUUUUGGGAGGUUCACUUCUGAGUCAUUAGCUUGGGAGAAAUGGUCAGCCUUUUCUCAUAAGCGAUAUGUCGAAGAAGCCAAGAGUUAUGCUCAGCCUGGAUCUGUUGCCCAGAAGAAAGCUUUCUUUGAAGCUCAUUACAAGAGAGUUGCAGCCCAAAAGGCGGCGGCAGCUGCCGCGUUGCUUGAGCAAGAAACGGCCACGGCCAGCAGCCCCAAAUCUCAAGUUGAAGAAAGAGUUUGUGGUACAAAGCAUGCUGCUCAUGAUUUAGAACCGAAAGGAAUAUCAAACACCCAUUCUUCAGAAACAACUGUGAUGAAUUCCAAGAUGGGUGUCAAUGAAGAACAGCAGAUCAUAACCCAGAAUGCUAGUAAGCCAAUUGAUGCUAAUGAACAGGGUUCAGUUGUAAAUUUGGUUAAAUUGGAAACCGACAAGAUUGUAGCAGCUGCAGAUCUGAGGAAUGAAGAAUUAUUAAAGAAUACUGAGAAUCUUGAAGACCAUGUUUCUGUUUCAGAGGAUAGUAGAACAUCUCAAAUGGAUAGACCUUUGUUGAAGUCAAAGUUGAACACAGACCAGGAGGUUUUACAACCAAGGAUCAGGAGGAAACCAGCUACACCUUCUUUCAGGUCAUCAUCAAAUGGCAGGAAACAGUCUAGAAUCCCACCUUCACCAGCAAAAUAUGUAGCUUCUAUGCAUCCCAGGAAAGAAAAUAUGGUCACUCCAAGAACUAAAAACUCCACUGCAAUAGACCCCAUUGAUAAAAAGAGAUCGGCCCCUAGAUCUUUGUACACCUUAAUGAAUUCUGGUUCUGUUAGAGAAUCAUGCAAAGUAAACCCUCCAGCUGUUCGAAAAAUUGAAAGUACAAAACCUGCUCCUACUGCUCAUUCCACACCCAAACGCUGUGCGACACCUUCAACAACUCCUUCCAAGGUUACAAAUGGGGUCAAUAAGCAACCUUUGGCAACCCCUUCAUCAAAAAGAAGGAUGGAAACGCCUGUUCAUCCUUCAGCUGUUGGAAGCAAAACGCCUGGGCAAAAGUGGCACAUUUUCUCGGCUGUUUCCAAGUCCCUGAGUGCUUAUAGAAACAAAAUGCAGUCUCCAACUGUAUCAUCACCUUUCACCUUGAGAACAGAAGAGCGAGCUGCACGAAGAAAACAGAAGCUUGAAGAAAAAUUUAAUGCAAAAGAAGCACAAAAAGUGCAGCUGCAAACAACUUUGAAGGAGAAAGCAGAGACCGAAUUCAGAAGACUGCGGCAAAGCUUUUGCUUUAAGGCUCGGCCACUACCUAGCUUCUAUAACACAUUCGAAACACCGAGGAGUCCGAUAAAGAAGGCUCCACAAGCGUUUCCAAAGUCGCAAACACCCUCAACAAUAUCAGAACCGUUUUCGAUCAAUAAAUCUUCAAGAAGACUUUGGAAAAAUAAUGAUCAAAACCCGAGCAGUCAUCCUCUCUCUUCAUUAACAAGAAGGAUAAACCAUGAGAAUGUGUCUCCAAACAUUCAGCAUUGAUCAAGAUUGGCACAUAGGGUAUUUUGGCCAUUUAACUUCUAGUUGAGAAUCAAUCAAUUUGUGCAUAAUUUUGCUGGUCCCAUGUCUAAGACAGCAUUUCCAUUUAAGAGAUGUUUGCCAUUGCCAGGCCUUCUAGUCAUGAAAGCAUAAUUUGUUGUAUGUUGAAAA